GCCCCAGGCACGGCGCCCUCUGGGAAGUGUAGUCUGCGCUUGCGUCGUUACCGCUGUGAGGCUGGGGGCUGCGGGCGGAAGCGGGACCACCCCUCCCGGGAUGCGAAGCGCCAGACCGACCCAGACGAGCCAACUCUGCGGUUCUCGGUGUAGCGAGUUCCCCGGCCCCGCUUCCUGUCGUGCAGAACUGGGCCGCUGUCCCCGAGGGUCUCGAGGGUCUCGGUGCAGCCUCCAGCCAGAGCCGCACCGGAAGCUGGGUGGGCCAGGGAGUCGCGAAGCUGAGUUCCGCCAUGGCGCUCCAGAUGUCGGCAGUCAGUGGAGAUGCUGUCCCUGGCCAGAUGUGUGACUGGAGCCUAACUACUUCAAAACGUCAGGACUCUGGGUGCGUGAGUCCAUGUAUGCACAUUGAUGGCUGUCAGCUGUCAGGAAUGGCAGGCAGAGAGAUGUCGGGGAGUGGAUGACAAUGCUGCCAGUUUGUAGCAGAGAUAGUUUUUAAAAUCAGUGACACAAAUGCAUGAAAUAGGCAGUAGAGUCUCCUCUGCCUUAUUAGAAGCGUCGCCAUUUUCUUUACGAUUCCUUCCUGCAAAGCAUGCUUGUUUCUAACCUAGAUGGCUUCUUUCCUUAAUUUUACAUUCUGUUUGUGUUAUUUGCAUGGUUAAUUUCUGCCAUCAUUGAAGCUCGUGCCUAUCAGAUGUUGGUCAUUGUCUGAGUUUUCAUGGCUGUUUUAAUGAUCACUUUUAAAGUAAGAGCUUUUGCUUUUAUCUUACAAAGCCGCAGGAAGCAGGUGAGCAUAGUCGCUAAAGGUGUGGAGUGUAGAUGUAAAGUGUUUCCUGAAGGCCCUGGGAUUCUGGGCUCCUUCUGAGCAGGAGGUCCCUAAUGACCACACUACAAUGCUAUUUCGAUGCUAAGUGGCAAUAGUGGGAGGGCUGGGGUAGGGAGCAUGGUGAGGUGGAUCUGUCAGACUGCGGCCUAGGGGGCUUUGUGGACAUCACUUCUGCUGCAUGCUUCUGCUGCGUGAGCCUGGUGGUGGGUGUCACAGCUCUCCGCAGUGGAAUUGACCAAGGCUGUACCAGGGUUUGUGGACAGUUGAAGCCAUGAAGGGCAGGUAGGACUGGAAAAGUGGAGGUGGGACCUCCUGCCAGCAGCUAGGAACCUGGACCCACACUGGAGCUGAGAUCAGGGGCCCUAAGCAUAGGUCAGGCCUAUGAGCGCCUGACUCACCUGCUACCUGGCUGGCAGGUGGAAAAGGGUCAGUGUCUCUAGAUCUUCAAGGCUUCCUGAGGUUUUUGUUGCUGUUCCUCCCCCGCCUUUUGAUGGUGUUUAAUUUCUGACAUAAAUUAUGUCAUCCCUGCUGAAGAGCAUUAAGUGAGAUUUUAUUUAAUUUUAUUUAUUUAUUUAUUUAUUUAUUUAUUGCUAUGUGGGUUGAUUAACCCCAGUUCAGAAAUCUAAGAUGGAAAAUGCUCCAGAGGGCAAAGCUUUUGAGCACUGUGAUGCCACGUGUGGAGAAGUCCACAUCUGAGCUCCUUUAAAUGUUUGUAGUCAAAGUACAACAUACCAAAAACACUGUAAAAGUUACCAUUAGCUAGGUAUAUACAAAAGAACACAGUUGAGUGUCAUCUCUAAAAUAACUCAUUAUGUACAUGAAAACAUUCAAAACCAAAUAUUCAAAAUGGAUCUGUCCCCAGGAAUUUGGGAUAAAGAAUACUAGACCUUGGCUGUUUUUAUAAGCUGAUGUCCCCCUUUCAAUGCCACAGUGCUAGAGUUCCAGGUCCUUGGACAUUCACUUCUUCACUGACAGAGUGAAUGUAGGGCUUGCCUGCGUACUUAGGAAUGUAGUUUCAUCUUUCCAAGUUACACCCAUGGUGACCUUGUUUCUAAAAGGUUGCUGACAGCACAUCAUCCUGGGCACCCAGCUAGCCCCACCACUGUCCCAGUUACUGCUUCUCCCAGGCCAGGUCCCACCUACUUCUGCACACCAAGAGACCCAUGUGGCUCACUGAGUUCUAAGGGACAGUUUGGGUGGGCCUUGUUGGCAUGGUUGCAGCCAACCCCCCCGGAGACUGUACCCACAGGUGCCCAUCAGCUUCAAGGACUUGGCUGUGCGGUUCUCUGAAGAGGAAUGGCGGCUCCUGCAGGAGGGGCAGCGGGAAUUCUACAGAGACGUGAUGCGGGAAAACUACGAGACGUUGGUGUCUGUGGGGACCUCUGAGCUGCUUCCUCUCUCUGCUUUCCUGUCACCUGCAGAGGCUGGAGGAGCCACAUCAGGAGAGAGCCACCAGGAUAAGGGACAAAAACCCCAUUUGGAGCAUAGUUCCCAGGGAGAGCAGCCUCAGCAGAGCCUACACCUCACCGCAUUAGUGCAGCUGGUGAAGGAGAUUCCAGAGUUCUUGUUUGGAGAAGUGAAGGGUACUGAGGACUACUCCGAGAGUGGGAGCACCAGUCUGGAUGGGGAGCAAACAAGCCCCGAGGUAGCUGUGGUUGUGGAAGCUUGCCCUCCCCGAGGCCUGCUCAAUUCUCUUCCGGAGAGCCCUGCAAGCCACCCCAGCCUGGCCACCACACCCACAGGCAGCUCAACUUCCGGUGGCCCUCCUGGAGACUGGGCACACGGAAGCCCCUUACCUGCUAUAGGAACUGAUGAUAAGCCAUUAUCUAUAGAGAAGGAAGGUGUAGGAGCCUCGAGAGAGACCUCCAUUCAUUCCACUCAAAGCCUGGGCCAGAGCAAGAGUUACCUAAGACAGGAGCGAGGCAGCAUGGGAACAGGAACCCUUCCUGAGAACAGCCCAUUGCAAGGCCUCAUCAACUGUUUGAAGGAGAUCCUUGUGCCCAGACCCCAGCACCGGGGGACAGCCCCAGACUUGCCGCCUUCUCUCCCUGGCUUGAGUGUGUUGAAGCAGACGAGAGCUGAGGUAGAGGCUGGGAGCCUGCCCUGCCCGGUGAAGACAGAGGCAGCAUCCGGAGAUUGUCCCCUUCAGGGCCUGCUGAACUGUCUGAAGGAGAUCCCAAAAGCUCCAGACCGACGUCCCAGCCCCUCAGGAGCAUCAGACUUGCAGCUGCAGGAGGACCCAGGGAAAAGACAUUCUGGAGGGAUGAGACACCUCCAGACUCCUCCCCACCCUAGUCAUGAAGCUGGCAGUAUGCUUGCCACGGUGAAGGUAGAAGAUGGCUGGGCCCAGAGUCCCCCAGUGCCAGCAUCCUGCCAGCUUAGCAGGCAAGGCUAUAGCUCCUAUUCCACUGGAGACAACAGAGAGGUCCGUGUGCCCCGCUGGGGCCCCAUGACUCUAGCCAGCAGGGCCUCAAGCUCACCCCUAGAAGCUCUGGAGGCCUGUCUGAAGGGCAUCCCUCCAGGUGGGUCAUCACCUCUUCAGUCACUAGCCAUCUCAUGGUCCAGAAGUCCUCAGCUAGGAGAUGCCGGGUCUCAGAGGUUUGAGCUACAGCAACAAGGAUCUCACAGUGAAGAAGCUACAAGGGAGCCACUUCUGCCUCUGAGCUUGCAGGGCUACAUGAGAGAAGGACCUGGGGUUCAACCCUGUGGCUCCCAGGGUACCCCUACCAGCUUCUCCUCAGCCAGCAGCAGUGAUGGGGAUCUGGAUUUCAGGAGCCCCAGGAGCAGCCAGGGGCAACGGCUUGGGAAAGGCUAUCUACCAGGAAACUCUCCACUCCAAGGCCUGGAGAACUGCCUGAGAGAGAUCCCUAUUCCCAGGCCACAGGCUGCCUGGCCAUGCUCCUCGGCUGUCAACAGGGGAUUGAAGAGAACAGAGCCCAGGAACUGGACUGGAGACAGAGAAGGACUGAGAGGUGAGGCCUCUGAGCCACCCCACCUCAGACAGCGUCCUGGAGAAGUGCCCAGCAGGAGUCUGCAUCAAGACAGUCCACAGACCUGUACUUCCACCUGCCACCAAGUGACCACCAGGCCAGGAACAUGGCAAUGGCCACAAGAGGAGACAGCCACCAUGCCCUCCCCUCUGCACCGCCUGGAGAACUCUCUGAGGGGGAUCUUGCCUGUGAGGCCCUUGCGUUUCACCUGCGUGACUGGCCCUGGCCCCAGUCCCAGCCCUUGCUCCAGCUCCAGCUUCAGCAGCUCUGAUGGAGAAGACCUAAGACCAGAGCCUGCAUUUUGGCAGUCACCCCUCCAGCAGAAAGACCAGCCUCCCUCCUGUAAGGACCCUGUUCGUCUGUGCCCUGUCUCUGGCGCAUCUCCAAGAGUCAACAGCAAUAGCUGUUCUGCGGAAGACCGUGAGAGAACAGAGCCCAGGGACUGCAGCAGCCUCAGCGCAGGAAGAGCAGAAGAGAAGCCCCACCCACCCAGAAGAGAAGAUGGUGCAGAGCGCACACGCCAGCCUGGGCCUGUCACCAAUGCUGAAGGAAAAGGAGCAGCAGCUGGCCACCCAUCGCCUGCCCCUCAGCUGGAGGAAAAGCCUGAGCCCAAGGGUACUGAAGACUCCAGGGACCUGGAGCCUGGACAUAGACCACCCAGUGCCGCAGCCAGGACCCAAGGGAAGCUGCUCUCUGGAGACCCUCCGGAGUCACCUAGCAAGUCUCCCCUUCCCACAACUGUCUUGUCAAAAUGGUCACCCACUUCUCUUCAGCCACCAUGCCCCUGUGGCAGGUCCUUGCAGCAGGAGCUGCAUAACCUUGGUACUGCCCUCACGGACAAGCUAGACCGGCUUGCAGCAGCCUUGGCAGGCCUGACUCAGGAAGUUGCAACCAUGAAGACCCAAAUGGAUCAACUGCGAAGGCACCCACGGAGCCUUGGCCCAAAAGGUCAGGGUUCCUGGCAGUUGGCCCUCCCCCAGAGACCUCGCUGGGUCAACAGACUGGGCCACAGACAUCUACCCUACUGGAGACAGAAGGGCCCCACCAGGCCCAGACCAAAGAUUCUGCGGACCCAGGCAGAAGGCUGCAAGACUAGUGACCGCCCAGGACUCUCUAGAGGGAAGGGCAGUUUGGUGCCUCAGCUGCCUCCAGAGGCUUCCUUGGUAGAAUCUUCCAGGCCCACCUGUAGUUCAUCCCAGCAGAUCUCCUCUACGCCUGGAGGCCACACUGUGCUGACUGCACACCCUCCUCUGGAGCACACUGCAUGCCACCAGAAUCCCCUCUCCCCUUCAGUGCCUACUUCAGUGCAGGUCCCCCUUGUGGCCUCACCUGCAACCAGUGCAGACACAGAACCUCCGGCUGCUAGAGUGGCAGCCAUCAGCAUUCCAAACCAGCCCAAGGAACCUGACAGCCUGCUAGGGGAAGCCCUCAGCAGAGACCUCUGGGGAGGUGACCACCGGGACCCAAGGUGGGGGGCCCAUUAACUGUUUGUCUGCUCAGCCUUGCUGGAGAUUCUGGGUGGCAGGGAUGUCCUGAUGGGACCCUCUGGAGUCCAGCCAUCCCAGGCUGUCUGCUUUCCAGGGGUUGUAUCUUCCUUCUUACCUGUUCAUCAACCAGCCCUCUCAUUGCUGCUGCAAGUCUGGCUCUUUGCCUCUGCUGUGCCAGGCCUCCAUGGUGUCUGCAUAGAGCCACGACAGAGGCAUUCCUCAGCUGUACCUCUGACUUUCUUGGCUCAGGUUCAGUCAGUUGCUCUUCCUCCUUGGCAAAGCCAUCUAGGUUCCAGGUGGGUGUCAUGCAUACCACAUGUGCACAGAGCCAGCUGCAGAGGGCACCACAAGGGCACCUUAACCAGCUCCUGAUCUCAAGAACACUAAAAGGCUAGCCGUUGUCUGUCUAGAGUGAAUACUUCACAGAUCUCAUUUAGGGAGAGCCUGGUCUAUGGACUAAGCUGAAUUUUCCCACAUAGAUUCUAAAAUUAAAUGUAUUAGUUGCUAAGUAAAGGCCAUUGGCUUCUGUGGAAGGGUGCUCAGAGGGGACAACACUCUGGCAUGGUUGCCCAGAUUGUCACUAGUACAUUGGGACUAGGCAGCUGGUGUCCCCCUCUUCGACACACACCUCACAAGAACUGAGCAUAUGUAGUACAGCUGGGGACAGAGUGCCACAGGGCCUCUGGGGAGAGGACUACACAUGUGUCAGUCUCCUGGGCUGUGUACAAAGUGUCACAGACUUUGGGCAGCUUAGAUCAAGGGUCCCAAAUCUAGGGUCUGCCAGGCUUGGUUCUGAAGGGGACAUUUGACUAUGGGGGGCUGUUUUCAUGCUCACAUGCCAUCUCCUGGGAGUCUUUUCUCUAAGUGCCCUCAUACCAGGACCCAGGCUGUUUUAAAUGGCAUCCAUUCUCAUUUGAACUUAAUCUAAAGACUAGAGAACAUCACAUUCUGAAGUGCUGGGGGUAGGGGACACUUUCCCCUAGUGUCCAGUGUCAGCCUUUUCACAUCAUGACAGUGUUGUCAUCCAGAAAGUUUACAUUCAAGAACCAGACAGUUAAGAUUUUUAAAAAGUCAGAAAAAAACAUGUUUUCAGUAUUUUACAAGUUUGUGUUGGGUUGCGUAUAUCACAUUCCUCAGCUACAUGCAGGUUAGUGGGCUGCAGGUUGGCUGUGCCUGUUAGAAUUGAACAUAAACGGGGAGGAGGGCACCAUCUAGCUCAUGACACACCUAAGACCUAGGCCAGUCUGGGCUGACUAGAUGUCACUCCAUCUGCUUCUGCCCUGGGGCUUGGCACUCUACCACAGCUGGCCACCCUAGAUUUACUCACUUCAGGUCCCUCAGGGUUGUCCUGAAUUCCUUUUGAACCUAAGGCCUUUCACGAGCUGUGUCUAUACCCAUAGGAGCUGGGAAGGCCAGGGCCUGGGGCUGCCUGCUAAAGCUAAGGGUGACAUGGCCUUGUCCUUGACAAGCACAAGCAGUUUCUUGUGGCUACUUUGCCCUGUGACACACUAAAGUAGUGAUCCCUGGAGAUAUCCAGGGCUGGGUACCCCUCAGGGAACCAUGCCUAGAGCUUGGUGAGUAUGGCUUAAACAGACACAGUCAAAACAGAGAAUAGAUUUUAGAACAGUGAUUCUCAACCUAUGGGUCUUGAAGGAUCCACCCUGCGAGGCUCACAUAUCAGAUAUUUCACAUUUCGUUUGGUAACGGUGGCAAAACUGUUGUUAUAAAGUAGCAAUGAAAUAGUUUUAUAGUUGAUGGUCACCUGGUUGCAACAUUAAGAUAGAGAACUGUUUUAGGGACUAAAGACUCCCCAAGAAGUCUGCCUCGACUAGUGUAAGCUGUGCACAGGACAUUGACGUGAGCAAGUCUAGCUCAGUGCCUUCACGUGGAGUAGAAAUCAAGUGGCUGCAGCUUCCACUUGAAAGGAACGGGCAGCUGCAUCUCCAGGCGAGUGGGGCAAUGCUGGUGCUUCAGUGCAGUGGGCAGGGAUAAGGCCCAGGUCCCGGGUAGAGAAGAAACAUUCAACGUCAUAAUCCUACUUGGAAGACUUGGGUAGUCUUAAAUUGGGGACUGGUAUAGGUAUCCCUGGCCAGGACAGGAACUUCGUCCUUUCUCUCCUAAACAUGAGACCAUGUUAUCAAUCAAUGAAAGGGAUGGCAUGUCUGUCUGCCUUGCUGACAGCCAGCACAAGUGACCAAACAGCAUUGUAGGAGAGUUGCCAGGGCCUGUCAUCUCCUGGGUGGUAAGUGCUUCCCUAGGCUGUGCCUGCUUAGAACAAAUAAAGGCAGUUGGGACCAAGCUCACCGUAAGUGGUUCAGAUCCAACUGGACAGUCCUAACAGGUUUAGAGAAAUGUUUAGACUGGAGCAUGGGCCACUGAGUGAACCCUAUGGAUUUCGUCAGCUAUAUCACCACUACACCACUGGAAGGUCUCUAAGGACCUGAUGCUGUCACAGCUGUUAAUCAGCCUUCUGGACUCACUGGGUCCUGUUCCUGGCAGGACAGUUCUGGGACAACUUGUUCAGAGGUAAGGACCAGAAGUCUAUCCUCUACUGAUCUGGCAAGUGGCCAUAGGCCACACCUGAGUGGGGACUUCUUCCUCAUAUCACCCACAGGGUUAAGAGGGUGAGUCCUGCUCACUCUGCAGACUGAUGGAAGGCUGAAGGAGGUAGGUGGCCCCAGGGACCAUCAGUGGCCUCCGGCAGUAUCCUGCAAGUCACUGUUCACCACUGGGGCAUCUCCCACUGGGGCAGACUUCAUCCUACAUGUGGCCCCUGUAAAGUUCUGUGAUUGCAAGGCUUUCCCAUCCUAAUCCAUCUUGCCAGUUUCUGGUCCUGGAGGCCUGAGCCCAUUUACAUGGUGUUGGUUACUGAUUCAUUCACAGUUGAACAUAUCUUCAUACUCUGCUUUGUCCCACUUUCAGAGUUUGGGGUUAGCUGAUUGGGUUUGGUUUUAGUUUUCCUUCCUUCCUGUCUUGUUUUGAAUUGACUGUGGUGGGUUUUGUUGUUGUUUUAUUGUUUUGUUUUAAUUUUUUUCAUAUUCAUUCCACUUCUCCCAAAGAACUAGAAGAGGAAACAUCUGAAUUCAUAAUUCUAUUUGUAAGAUUUCAGUAUUUUCUCAAAUUGAUAAAACAAAUUAGGGUGGAAGUUGAAAUUUUGAGCAAGCUGAUUAACAAAAUUCUCUUGAUUCCUGAAUGUAAACACACUGCACCAUAAGACUGCUGUUUCCACGAAUACACAGAACACUUGGAAAUUAACCUAGUUGACUAAGCCCUAGAGCAAAUAUAAACAAAUUUAAAAGUAUUGAAAUUACAUAGAAUGUAUAUUUUGGCCACACUUUACCUUCUAGGCUAGAGUUAAAUAGCAAAUCCCAGGCAUUUUUAUAUACUCAAAAAAAAUAAAUAAAUAAUGGUUAUACUAUCAAAGCUAACACAAGGAUCUAGCCUGUGGUAAAAUACCAAUGC